GGAGUCAUCACGGAGACAAGCAGGUGGGGAGAGCCACAUCCACCCCUCUCCCUCACCCACUCACCCACCCACUCGCACUCGCACUCGCACUCGCACUACCCCCACACUCGCCGUGAAUGCCCGCCAUCAACGCCAUCCUGCGUUCCUCGCGUGACUCGGACGACCUCGGAAAGGGAACCGGAAAGGGAAAGGGAAAGGGACACCGAAACGGAGAGAGACCCGGAACGGGAAAAAGGAAGGAUUUGACACGGGAACCACUUCGGGCGUUCGUCGCGUGAGCUUCAGUCAUCUGGUCGGAACGUCUCGUCCUACCGCGUGUGUGGAAAAAAAAACCCCCCAUUUCCAUUCUCAGAGACACAUGUACACCCUGGAAAAUACCGGCGAGACCCCCGGUCGCAACAUUCCCAUGACUUUGCGGCAGGGCGGCGGAGUAUCUGCAUUUGUAUCUCGAGUCGACUCGGAACCUUGGGCAUCGGGCUCGGAGGAGGACUUUGGGAGCAGGCAGAGACUUUCGAGAAGGGUUGGGGCGGGUGAAGGUGGGGACGGGGAGAGCGUUGAUGUGGAUGGAGAUGGGGAGGUGGAUCGGGAUCAUGGGGAUGAUCAUGAGCAUGCCCAAGUCCAAAUCGACGAAACCCCAACAUCCGCCCAAUGCAAAACCUUCAACUGCAGGACAUGCCAACGUCACGUCAUGCACGUCGAUCUUGGCACCCCCGAAACAUUCACCGCCGGCUCACUCCGUUUCGUCACAUCCACUCAAUCAAAAGCCACCGCCCACGGGCAGCCCUCACGGACGCCGCGUCUCGGCAAAGAAUGGGAAUUCGCAGGCUGGGGAAAGACCCUAGUCACCGAGCUCCGCCCAGCCGUCGUCGACGCGCACGGUCAACUGGACUUCAAGCAUCAGAUGGACCAAUAUAGAGCGACGGCGAUCGCCGCGGUGGCAGUGACUGGCGGCGCUUUCUACAGUAUUGGCCAAAUCGUCGUCGCGGCUGGCCAAUACGCACCCAUCUCGGCGGCCCUCGUCUGCAUAGUCGUCUUCGCCUACCGGUCCAUCUUCACAGAACUGGGCGUGAUACCCCUCAACGGCGGCGUCUACAGCCUACUCCUCGUCGGCUCCACCAAGAUGAUUGCGGCCAUGGCGGCAUGUUGCGCUAUCCUUGAUUACGGAGGUUCGGCUGUUGUCAGCGCGUCCACUGCGAGCAAUUAUUUUCAUGGCCAGUGGGGAUUUGUGGACACAUACCCGUUGACGAUAUGUGUUCUGGUCGUGUUUGCGUUUUUGGCGCUGGGCGGGGUCAAGGAUUCGGCGAACUUUGGGCUGGGGAUCUUCCUCAUCCACCUCCUCACCCUCCUCAUAAUCAUCUUCUCAAGCAUCGUCUUCUGGGCCCGCAACGGGUCCGACACCUUGAUAGCAAACUGGAACGCGCCAUCGCCGUCCGGGAACGUCGCGUACGAUCUCUUUGUUGGGUGGUGCAUCGGGAUGCUGGCGUUCACGGGGAUUGAGACUUGUCCGAAUUACAUUGAGGAACAACGGCCGGGCGUGUACCCAAAAACAAUGCGGAAUCUAGCUUAUCUUGUAGCAUUCUUUAUGCCCGCCCUCACACUCAGCUGCCUCGUCGUCCUCCCGCGCGCCGACAUCCAAACAAACGUCGACUUUGUACUCUCGUAUCUGGGCCGCGUCGCAGUCGGGCGCGGGCUCGAGGUGCUGAUAUCCGUCGAUGCGUGUAUCGUGCUGUGUGGCGGGGUGCUUUCGUCGUUUGUCGGGAUCAUGGGCCUAAUGAAACACAUGGCCUCCGACCACCUCCUUCCGCACUUCCUCCUCCACACCAACACCCUCACCCACACCAACCACUACAUCAUCGCCGCCUUCACCCUCCUCUGCCUCCUCCUCAUCACCGUAACAGCAAACAACACAACCCUCCUCUCCCUCCUCUUCGCCAUCGCGUUCCUGUGCCUGCUCAUCCUGUUUGCUGUAACGAACCUCCUCCUGAAAUAUAAACGCGGGAGGUUGAAACGGGAGCGUACGGCGCGGUGGUAUACGGUCCUCUUCGGGCUCCUGGCGGCGGCGGCGGCCGUGGUAGGGAACGGGAUACUGUCUCCGAGCAUGAUUGUGGUGUUUGGGAGUUUCUUCGGGGUGUUGUUUGUGGGGAUGCUGGUGAGUAUCGGCAAAGUGAGGUUGCUGAGGAUUGCGCUGUUUGCGGCGGACAAGUAUGACGGGCUGGAAGGCGUUAAGGAGAGGUUGGUGGCCUGGGUGAGGAGGGCGAGGGGGCAUCCUGUCGCAUUCUUCACAAACCACCCCGAAAUCCACGUCCUCAACAAAGCCGUGCUGUACGUCGCGCACAACGAACCCACGUCGAAUCUCAACAUUGUCCAUUUCUGCGACGACGAUCAUCGGGGCGUCGAUGGAGAUGCAGACCCUGCGAGCGGCGGUGUUGUAGCGGACCUGAAAGUGAACUGCCAUGUGCUGGACCACGUCUAUCCGAAGAUCUCGAUCAAUCUGAUCAUCGUCAAAGGCCGCUUCGGCCCCUCCGCCGUCGCGUGCAUGGCCAAAGCGCUGAGUAUCUCGCGGAAUCAGUGCUAUAUCACAUGUCCCGGCGAGAAGGUGGGGCAGAUUGGGGAGUUUGGCGGCGUUAGGAUUAUUAUGUUGUGAAUGGGGUGGGGUGGAUGGGAGAGGACCUGUCUUGUGAAGUUAACCUGAAUGUGGAACUAAGAUAGGUGUACGUUGGGGGUGCGGUGGAAACUGCGUCUUAUGCAAAGGGUGGGGGGAUCAGAUGAGGUGAUGUGCCGUGGAAAGUCCUGGCCAUACACGCACAUGCCGAACAUCCCUAUCGUCACUUUCGCGCAUUCCUCCUAAAUGAAACCGGAUCAAACCAAACGAUGUUGAACAGUGCUGUGAAAAGAGGAAUUGUAUUGACGACUUACUGUAAAAUACAAAGAAGGAACUAAAAUGAAAAAAAA